UUGAUACAGAAGCCACCGACUGAAGUCGAGCAUAUCUAAGUAAACAUGCCGUAAACCAACUGAUGUGUACAAUCUUCGAAGCGAUUUCCUCAUGAUAUUAAGGUUCCCGUAAAUUUAUGGAGAUUACACGCUCCAGGCCAACGCUUUUCAGCGACAUUGCACAUGGGCUGGGCUUCUGGACGGACCGCUCGGCGUUACACUAUGCGGCGGCCCACGGUGACGUGCCGCAGCUGCAGAAGCUCCUGAAGGAAGGGGCGGCCGUCAACAUGGUGGCCAUGGACUCCAUCACCCCGCUGCACGAGGCCUGCAUACAGGGACACAGCCAGUGCGCUCGCCUGCUGCUCGACGCUGGAGCACACGUGGAUGCGAGGAACAUAGACGGCAGCACUCCCCUGUGUGACGCGUGUGCCGCGGGGAGCCUGGAGUGUGUUCAGCUGCUGCUGGAGAGGGGCGCCAUGGUCAACCCUCCCCUCUUCACCUUCUCCCCCCUGCACGAGGCCUGCAUGGGAGGGAAUUCGGAGUGUGUGAAGCUGAUGAUCUCAGAAGGGGCGUCUAUGGAGGCCCAUGAUUGCCACUACGGGACGCCGCUACAUGUAGCCUGUGCCAGGCAACACAAAGACUGCGCCAAAGUACUACUCAACGCAGGUGCGAAUGUGAACGCCGCUAAGCUACACGAGACGGCGCUGCAUCACGCGGCCAAGGUGAACAACGUGGAGCUGAUCGAGAUGCUGAUGGAGUUCGGUGGCAAGGUCUACGCCCGCGACAACAUGGGCAAGAAGCCCAUCCAGUACGCCAGGCCCGGCUCCUCCACCGCCCUCUGCCUCAGCUUUUACGAGACUACUCCUUUGAGUCUGCAGCAGCUGUCCCGGAUAACACUGCGUCUGCAUCUGGGCCAGCGAGCGCUGGAGGCGGUGUCUCAGCUAGACCUGCCGCCCCGCAUCAUCAGCUUCCUCUGCUACGCACCGCAGUCCGCCCUCGACAUCGACGAUGGCGAUGACGACGACAGCUGACACACGCCAAACCCCUCAAGCCUUCAACCCACAGCCAACACAGCACAGGGCUCAGUCCUGGGUUCUGAAAAUCCAAUCCAUCAAAUCCCUGCCAUGAAUUUGAGCCAAUCAGCUCUGAUUUCAGUUUAUCGUAAUGAGCUGCACUCAAGCUCUAAUGACUCGAUGAAGCUAAUUGUGUUGGAAGGAAACUGUGGUGGGGAUUUUACUUUCUGGAUCCGGAUUGGCCAUCUGAAUGCCACCCCUCGGCCGCCAGGGCUCAGGUGUGGGGGUCAUGCACUGAUGAUCCAUGUGUCAGGUCAUCGUCUGUUAUGUUCAUUGAGUGUAUGGCCAUAUUUUUUUUUUAGAAAUAUCUUUUUUUUUUCACAGCGUUUCUUGUGACGUGGUGAGAGGAGCAGUGUUUAUGCAUCUUUAAAAAACGCUAAAAGCUAAUAUAUAUGUAAUAUAUAAGGGAGUAAUUUAAGUUGACAUGCACUGCUGUGCGCAUGAAUUGUGAGGCAAACUUAGUGGAAAUGAUGGAAGUGGGCAUGUUUGUGUGAAUGAAAUGCUGAAUGAGUUGUAUUUUUAUUUCUGGAUUUCUGGAAGCCUUAGGUUAUGUCCUGUAACCCUCGACCACGGAAUGUGUUAUGAUACUAAAUUUGGAUUUUGUUUAUUCUUUUGGAGGUCAAACAUUCCCUGAAAAAGGCCAACCCAAUCAAAUAUGUUACGGACUGAUUUUGUGAUUGGUCACAAUUAAAUUGUAAUUGUUGAGGAACCAAGAAGAGCACUUGCUGCUAAAUCAAUGAAAUGGUGACUGGAUGGAGUGGAAUGUGCUGAUAUGGAUCAUGUACAUCCAGCGUUCACUCUACUAAAUGAGAAAAUGACUCCUUGUAUUGCCAACCGUUGACCAGUGAUCCUACACCAUUGUUGACACUGUAAUUGAGUCAGUUCUUCUGAUGAAAAAACAUACAGCUGCAACUAUGCAACCCCUAAUGCCGUUGGUUGAGAUUUAUAAUGGGAAUGGCCAGAAGAGGGUGCAUAUGAGCUGGUCUGCUCUAACACUUAAACCAUACUGUAUUUUGGUCCAGUAAGUUUACACACAAUAACAAUCCGUUUAAAUGCAUGUUAUGACUAAAAUACAAGCGGAUAUUGUCUGUAUUACAUGCAAUGCUUUUAUGAAUAGAGGUCUGCACAUCAUCAAUAUUGUAUCAAUAUAUAUGUAACAUGGAUUUCUUGCAACAAAUAUAUUACUUUGUUUAUUCAAGAUUUUCUGGACUUUCUGCUUGUCUGGAAUUGUGUCUGCAAAGCCUCAGGAGUACAUCAGUACUAACAGCAGGAUGGUUGUGGAAUAUGUACUGUGUGAUGUAUGCUCUGGUUUCAACAGGGCUUAUGGAUUCAUGCACAUGCAGCACUGAUGGUCACAUUUUGCCACUAGCUGCGUCACAACAUGCAGAUGAUCACUUGUAGUACUACUAAUGCCACUGGUUUUAGAAACGCGUGACUCUGAUUCUCCAGAGUUUGACCGCUCAAAUUGGUGACAAUUUCUGGUAAGGAUAUUUCAAUGCUUGCCAGUCAACUUCUGUUCAUGUCUGCUGAAGAAUCUGUGACCAUUUCGUUGUAAAUACGUAAUACAUGUAACACAUUUGGCAUUUCAAAUAAAACAAAUUCCUAAGGA